AUGAGCACUUUUCCAUUAUGGGCUAUUACAAAUUUUGAGGACAAUAUAUUUUCCAGUUGCUUGCAGAAAACAGUGGUAUUGGGGGUUCCAUAUGACAAAUUGUCUCACAAUAAGGACAGUGUUUCCCACACUUUUACACCUUGUGCCUCAAAUUCAGAUCCCCAGAUGCCAGUUAUCUGCUUGAUGGUUGAGCUGAGAGGAAUAAUUGCAGCUGUGUUUGCAGCUGUAUCAUGGAAGGAUAUCUGUACUGAGGUAGGAUAUUGGAAGUUUUGGGUGAGGGUGAGCUAAAUCAUUUCCCCUUCCCCACACCUUGUUGCCAGAUUCCAGCUCCCCUCAGACAUCCACCCACCAAGUGCGGCUUGGAAGGGGAAACAAGGCUGAGUAGGGAUGGUACUGAAGAAGGUUAUCCACUUGCCUGCAUGGUCUGGCAUGGUCUGAAUGUUAGAAAAAGAAGGAAAAAAAUUCCUGCAGUGAACAGAGCCUAGACUGUGAUUUGAAAGUCUCUAUUGAAACUGAACCAGAACAGAAUCUGAACAAAUACUUAGAUGAACGUAGCUGAGGUAGUAGACCUGUUUGUGAGGCUGCAGGAGAGAUUGCCUCUGACUGAGUGCUCAUCCAUCCAUCCAUCCAUGAAGCAUAUGCAUGCAUCAUAGAUCCCUUCUUCAAGAUACAAAAUUUUCUCUCUGGGUUGUUUUCCUUUUUGUUAAUAUAAGGAGAAGCGUUAUCUCACGUGAGCCCCCACCUGCAGUCUGAAGUGCAACAAUCCAGAAACAGAUUUACCACCACAGUGGGAACUAGGCCCAAAUUAUAUCUCAUUAGACCAAUUAACUAGCCUUGCUCCACUGUAGCAUAAAUAACUUAUUGUAACCCAUAAAAACUCCUGUAAAGGGAGGCCCAUAAUACUUCAAACAAUCACACUUCCAUUUUCCUACAUGAACCAGAGCUGAGCAGGCUCUGAAGUUGUGCUGCCCCACCUACCUAACCCUGACUGGCAUGAAUCUGAGUGAAACCAGAACACCUUCUGGUACAGAUGAGCCUGAACUGAAACGGAAACAAGAUUUUAACAGUAGGGCUCACUGGUACUUAUGUACUCCACUCCCACCUUGCAUUCAGCCCACCCCAUAGGUUGAGAAUCUAGUUAAGAUUGGAAAUUCUGUGAACCGCCUUGAGACCUCUGGGUAUAGGGCGGUAUAUAAAUUCAAUAAAUAAAUAAAAUAAAAUGUCAAACACUCAUUCAUCAGUUAUGACUAGGUCUGCCAGCUGACCAGAAAGAAUGGGAAAAUCUGUUCUUGAUCUGCUAGUGAAUCUUUCUGGGAAGUUAAUUUCUGCAGAUACAGUGGACAUUUGAGAAUUCGGCACCCCUGAGCUACAAUUCUGGCCUUCUGAAACCAUCUUCCAGAGCAGCCAAUACAGCUCCCAUCAGCAACGUGUGGUGGUGAAGCAAUGUUUAGCGGGUGCGGUGUCUCUUCAUAGUGCCCAUGUGAAUAAAGACUGCAUAUGUAUGAUAUAGCAGGCAUACUCUAAUACAUAAGCACAGUAUAGCAGUUUCUAGUCAACAUCACGUCUCUGAUGGACGUGAAAAACAAACUAAGAGCGUGCAGUUGAAAACUGAAAAGAGCAGCCACACACAAGAUCAGAAUGAAAGCCAAGAUGUGUGCUUACUAUCUAUAAAUUUAUGUAUACCUAUUCAGAAAGAUUAUGUCUAUAGCCUGCGGUUUGCUUGUUAAUAUAAGAAUCAAUUAUCUUUCAUUUUUCUGAUUUGAUAAAGGGCUGCUAG